AUGUAUCCUGCUUACGUCAGUGGUAGUAUAGCGGAAGGACAACGCUUCUCUGAAGAUAUUGAUUUUAUAUUUGAACAAGGCGAAUUAAAUGAUGAAAAUGAACUUAUAUCAACCGAAAAUGAUCUCUAUGUGCAAAUUAAAUGGAAUAAUGAAAAACUGGCUCAUUUACCUGAUGGUAACACUAAUGAAAUAUGUUGUGUUAAUGGGUUUGAAAUGAAGCAAAAUUAUUGUAAUCAUGACCAAAGGGGUCUCGGGUGUUUACGGGCUAAUAUGGAUAUUUCUGUCGAUACAGUGAGCAUUUUACGUUCGCCAUUACUUAAGAUUACGUGUAUAGAAGAAUUUGACCAGAGAUUUAUCCAAGCUGAACAAGAACGAAUGAUGAAUCAUAAUCUAACAAGUGAAUCUCCAUCUAAACGUUUAUUUUAUAUGAUGGGACCGGCCUAUGGUCAAUAUUUUCCGGUGGAACUCAAAUUACAAAUAAACGAAUUAAUCAAUUAUUAUUACAAAUAUAAACACUUGAGUAAUUUAGCCCUAAUCCGAAAUUCGUGUCAGCAAAUUAUAGACAAAAUAGCAAGUUAUAAAAGUGAUAUUGUUUUAGCGUUAAAACUAAAUUUUUGGCCAAAUAAUGUUCAACCAUUUCUGGAACGUUUUCAGUUAUCCAAUCAACCAGCUAAGUUAUAUGAGAAAAUAAGACAGGUUCACAUGCAUGUUGUACCAAAAGGUUUAAAAGCUUCAGCAACGGCUGAAUAUGAAUUUCGCUAUUCCUUUUCAGCUGCUGAAUGUUUAUUAGCACAAUCAAGAACGGUUAAACAACGACUAUUGAAUGGUAUUGCAAGACGUAUAUAUUACAAGCACUUGCGAAAACAAACAACUUUGCAAUCAUAUUUUAUUAAGACAAGCGUAUUAUGGAUGUGUGAAAUGCUUGAUAAUUUUAGUUAUAAUGAUGAUGAUGAUCAAUGUCAAGAUAAUGUAAUAAUUGGUACACAAUGGAUAACGUACACUUGUGAUCUAUUACGUUCUCGUACAUGCAAACACUAUUUCAUGGAUCAUAUUAAUAUUUUAGAAAAAUAUACAACGAAUACAUCAGGUAAAGCGUUCCAAAAUUUCGCAAAAUAUACAACGGAAGAAUUAGAUAAAGCGUACCAAAUUUUGGAAAAUGUUGAUUUAUCUGAAGUAGAUCAGACAUCAAUAAUAAAGACUACGCACGAUGUUAUUAUUCAAUACUCGGAAGAUUUCAAACAAUGGCUUGGUCAAUUGAAUCUACAAGAUGUUUUGAAUGCAAUUAAUGAUUUUACUGCACUGAAAUUGAAAGUAUUUCCCAAUGUACAGUUUAAACGUGGUGCAAUUGUGGCGAUAGCAGUACUGUUGAAUUCAUUAGCUCUAUUAGAUGGUAAUAAAGAAAAUAAUUUAUCAGUUUGGAAAAAUUUGUUUUUAGAUACAGAUCAUGAGGAGAUAAAAGGUGGAAGUAUUAAUCAUGAAUGUCCUGAAUGGUUAGGGGACCCGAUGGAGAUAAUUGGUGGCCUAGCGUUAUCAGCAUUUUUUAUGAAAUGGAUAAACGAUGUUGUUACAAUUCCGUGGAUGUUAAAUUCAAUUAAGAAUUCAAACUUUGAUUUAUUAUUUCGACUAUAUCAUAUGACGAAUAAAAUAGGAAUAUUUAAACUAGGCAGAGAUGGAGUGAUCAGCUCGUAUUUACCAAAUGCCGUAAACCCUUAUUAUCGGCGAACACUAACAAGUCAGUCGAUUAUUAAUGGUUCACAGGCAAAUUGUGAUGCAAGACUGGUAGAUAUAAUUAAAAAAAUAUAUGAGACCAGUGCGAUAUCACCAGCCACAAUUUCACCCAUAACGUUGGACACAGUAACAGAAGAAGAUAGUACAGCUAUAACAACAAUCAAUGAUUUAUGUCAACUAGGUAAACUAAACAAUGGUGAAUUCAAAAUAUAUUGGAUAGUAAUGAUUAUACUGUUGCAUAAUUAUAUGCAAUCAAUUGGAUCAUUAAAAUACCAAUAG